CACACACACACACGGACACACACUGAACCCAUCAUGGCCACAGACUUAUCGCAGGACGCGGUUCUUGGUUUCCUCCGGAGCAACAGAGGCUCCGUGAAAAACUCCGACCUGCUGCUUCACUUCAGGAACUUUAUCCGGAACCACGCGGACCGGGACCGAAACCGGGAGAUGUUCAAGAGGUUCGUUAACACCUUGGCGACGGUCCGGCAGGAGGACGGAGUGUCUUAUGUGGUUCUGAGGAAGAAGUUCCGGGGACAUGUCCCGGGGGACAGAGGAGGAGGAGGAGCAGGCUCCAGGUCCCCGGAGACUCACCUGAGUCCGGCUGAGGUGCGAGCGGAGAAGCCCCAGAUACAAGCACAGAUGAGGGAGGUGACAGUACCCGCCCCGCCGGGAGAAACCGCCAUGAAAACGAUCCUACCUGCAGCUGGAAUCAUCAACAACAACAACAUGGAGACGAAUUUGAACCUGAAACGUAAACAACAACAACAACAUCAACAACAACAUCAGCAACAACCACAACAACCACCACAGCCUCAACCACAGCAUCAACAACAACCACAACAACAACAACAACAACAACCACCACAUCAUCAACAGCAUCAAAAACAGGUAAACUUCUCACCUGAGCCUCGUGUCUCACCUGCAGCAGCUGCUCCGCUCCACUUCUCUAAAGAAAACCUCCUGAAGACCCCCGGUGUGUCUGAGCCUCCCGUCCGACUUCAGUGCACCGAGGUGCGGCAGCAGACUCUGGGUUUCGGCCCCCCCCCUGGGAUCACACCCGUGGUCCGACAUCAUGGAGAAACCCGCCAGCAGGGGGCAGCCCCUCAACCCCUCAGGGGCAGGGAGGCCUGUGUGCAGCCUGGAGGAGGAGGAGGAGGCCUUCAUCAAGAUCCUCCCCUUCAUCCUCAGGUCGCUCCACGCAGAUUCAGACACAGGCCGAGCUACAAAUCGGCUGUUUCUUAUGAUGAUGAUGAGGAUGAAGAGGAAGAGGAAGAGGCCACCAUGAGGCGAGGUUCAGCAGGAGGAGUGUGGCCCCUCAGUGCUCCGCUAGAAGGCUCCAUGAGGGCCCUCUCCGCCUCCUCGCCAUGCAUCAUAGAGUCACCUGCACCUCCCUCUGUUGCGUCCUCCUCUUCAUCAGAAAGGAAUCUCCCAAAGAUUUACGUCCAGGAUGUGGAAGGAGGAACGCUGCCCCCCAUUGGCCCAGCUUUUAGCUUUGAGCCAGGGGAGGAGCUAAAAGGACAGUGGGUGGGGGCAGGGGUGGAACACACACAUGUAUCACCAGAGUCGACACCCAUCAGAUUCAGCCGACCAGACCUCCACACGCCAUCUCCAGACGGGGUAAGAAAGGUUUCACCUCAUCACGGCGUCCACCAGGACCGUCGAUCCCCGCAGCCGCCAGGCGUUCAGCCGGAACCCAGGUCUCAUCACAGCCAGGGGGCGCAGCUGUCGUCCAGCCACAGCAGCAUCUUCUCCCCCUCCUCGGACGCUGGCUUCUCCAGCAGCGACUGGCCUCCGUCUGGCUCCUCCAGAGGAUCCCGGUGGAACAGCAGCUACGAGGAACUACAGGCCCCGGCAGGUGAGACUGGCCGUGGAAAUAAAAUCGAGGACGUACUCCAGCGAGCACAAAGGACCAAGCUUGAGUCUGUGACGCAUCUCGACGACAGUAAAAUCACAGCAGGUCAUUUGUCACCGUUCCACCACUCCACUGAACAUCUCCACGACAACCAGGACUCUAAACUCCGAGUGUUGCCAUGGCACCUCUCCACAGGUGAUCUCUAUGACGACCAUGAUGACGCUGAGUCCAGCGAUGGCUCCUCCUUAUCGUCACCCGUCCGGCAGCGCCCGGCGGUCACCAGGCGGCUCAGCAGUCAGGUGAGGAGCAGGAUGUGCCGCAGCCUCGGGGCUGACCUCGACCAGCUCAUGCAGGAGGAGGUGAAGGGAGGAGGAGGAAGUGAGGUGGCCCGACUGAACCGCCUCCAUUUGAUCUCCUCCUCACUCAGUCUCCAUCACAACCUCUCUUCCUCCUCUCUGUCGUCGUGUUCCACGCCGCCACGCAGCCACAGCGUCGCUGACCUGGUCGAGAGGGAAAGGCGGGUCGGAGGUAGGAGGAGCCUCCCUGCUGUUAACCCUGCCUCCCCCUCCACCGCUCAGCAUGAAGGCUCCAGUAAACAGUCUUUGGUUCCUCUGGAGCCCAAUGAGCACACCUGGCUGGUGAAGGGGGCGGCGGGGGACUGGCCUGAAAUCUACUCCUUGUUCAGAGAUGAACCGUCUCUGCUCAACAAGCGAGACUUCAUCUCCGGCUUCACUGUGCUGCACUGGAUCUCCAAACACGGAGACCACCGAGUCCUGAACACCUUAUGGUAUGGAGUCCAAAAGGCCGGUUUGAUGUUUGACAUAAACGCCAGGUCAACAUCUGGCCACACGCCUCUCCAUAUUGCCGCCAUUCACGGCAACAAGAACAUAAUGCGGUUGCUGGUCAGCAAGUUUGAUGCUGACGUGAAACUCAGGGACACGGCGGGAAAGAGGCCCUGGCAGUACCUGAGCUGCAACGCACCGCUGGAAAUCUUCCAGCUGCUGGGCGCACCAGCUCGAGUCGCUCUGGGCGGAGACGGAUCAGGCAGGAAAGUAGACUCCAGCUGGGAGCAGCAACAGCAGCAGCACCGCCGCCGCCGCCAUCAUUUCUCCACAGCUUCCUCUGGAGAGAGGCCAUUGACCAUUGCGGGCACGAUUCGGGUGAAAAGGUCGUCUUCGAUCGCUGCGUUACUCAAACACAAAUCCCUGCGCCGGCUUCACGCACGUAAAUCUGAUUUCUUAUUUUAAAGAAAACUUCAACUGAUGGAUUAAGUUGAUUUGUUUGGACGUUAACUGUCCAGCUGGUCUCACAAAUAGAAACGGUAUUAAUUCAAAAUGUUUAAACUUUACGAUUCUAAUGUUUCCCCUGGAUGUAAAAGUGAUUCAUCUUAAAGCUCAGUCCAGAUAAAGGAGCACCAGAGUCUGCGACUAAACUUUGAGACCUGCUGGACGUGAACGUCACAGAUAGAACUCUGAGUUCUGGAUCACAGACGUGUGGAGGUGAUUUGCGUUCACAGAGCGGAUCAGUUUUCAGCAGGACGUUAUUAACGAGAGCUCCAGUUUCACUCAGACACUUUGUUCAACAACAAAGAACAAACUGCAGCUUUUGUUGCACAACAACUUUAUAUUCUUCACAUUGUUUCACCCUCUGCUGCUUUUCACUUUGAGUUUCUUCCUCCGGUUUGAUUCACUUUCUAUAGCGAUGAACUCACUCAGGCUGUGGACAAAAUAUCACAAACACUUCAACAAGGUAAAAGUCUUAAAGGUGAUUUGAGGUGGUGAGCUGAAUUAAAGGGUGAUGCUGGUUUUCAGUUUUGUACUUUUGUCUUUCCUUUGAUAACAUUGUCAGUCCGACUUGUACAGAUCAAACAAACAGGAUAUAAUGUAGAUUUGUUGCCUUUGAUCAUGCAGACCCAAGCUAACCGUUCCCCCCUGUUUCUAGUCUUUGUGCUAAGCUAAGCUAAUUAUUUCCCUGUUAUAGCUUCAUAUCUGCUAUGUUUGAUCCUCUUAUCUUUCUGUAAGAACAAAAUAUUGCAAUAUUUUCUUGUAAAGUAGGUGAGUACUUGUCAUUAGCACUAAUUGGAAAAAGAACGAAGAGUAGAACUUGUGGUGCAUUUUGUCGUCGGGUGUUGUUUUGUUCACCUCCUUUACACACACACAGUCACGUUGUUGUAUUCUUACCCGCUGUGACUUUUUCACAGUUCACUUUGAUAAUCAGGAUCAAACUUGUUCAGGUUUGUAAAUUAUAUUGAAGUUGACCCAUGAGGACGGGAACAGUAUUUUUCUCACAGUAUUAAAUUCACAAAUAUAAAAAUUACUGUGAAUCACAUUGAGUCUCUAUCCGACUGUUUUCUAUGUUCUGUUGAUUUUCAUCUGUGGCGGAGGAAGAACUCAAACAUUUACUCAUGUAAAAGUACCAAUGAAUGGACAAAUACUAUAUGUACUAAAGUAAAC